AUGUGCGACCCGUGUGCGACCCAUGCCGAGUUGACGGACUACGAGGCCGGGCUCACCGUCGUCGGCAGCUUUGCGACCGUCGAGGAGUUCUGCCGCUACUUCAACUGGCUCAAGCCGCCCUCGCACCUCGAGCGCAACUCGAACUACCACCUCUUCAAGUCCUGCAUUAAGCCGAUGUGGGAGGACCCCGCGAUCGCGAACGGCGGCAAGUGGGUGCUCACAAUGAAGAACAACCCGCAGCUGCUCGACCGCUGCUGGAACUGGCUCGUCAUGGCGCUCGUCGGCGAGGAGCUCGAGGAGGGGCACGACGAGAUCUGCGGCGCGGUGUGGACGCGUGGGAAGGACGAUGUGCAGCGCCUGAACGGCAUCGGAAAGAAGCUCGUCAAGCUGCUCGACAUCUCCGAGGCGGACGGCCUCGGGCUGCAGUUCCAGUUCAGCACGGAGGCUAGGCCACAGCCAAACAAGUUCCUGUCGAUCCAGGCGAUGCCGCAGUCUGGCUUCCGCAACUCGUUCCAUGGGCCUCUGGACAGCGGUGCGCCCUUCCACCACCCUCCGCGGCAGGACACAGCUUCGCCAGUCGGUGGGCCGCAGUCCGCUGUUUCGGACCCCAAUGCGAGCGUGUUCGGUGGGUUCGGCGUGGGCAUAGGCGGGCCCGGCUGA